GAGUAUUGAAUGUGACAUUCGUAUCCAACUGCCUGUAGUGUCCAAAAAACAUUGCAAAAUUGAAGUCAAUAAGCAGCAGGCAAUAUUGUAUAAUUUCAGUUCCACAAAUCCAGCCCAAGUAAAUGGGGCUACUAUAGAUGAGCCUGUGCAGCUGAAACAUGGAGAUAUAAUAACAAUCAUUGACCGGUCUUUUAGGUAUGAAAACGGAAAUCAUGAGGAUGGAAGCGGCUCAACAGGAUUUCCAGAAAAAUCACUUGGACAGGAACCAGCGCGGCGAGCUUCAAGAGCUAGCUUCUCUGAUGACUCUGAUGGGAAAGGUCAAGAUGCCAAAUCUUCAAAAACCACUGCUUCAAGAAGAUCUUCAGUGCAUGACAAGAAGUUCCUUGGAGACAGUUCUGCCUCAGAUGGCUCAAAGGACAGUGUUACCCAAGAUCUAUCCAAUACCUGUUCUUCAGGGCAUGUAGAACAGCACAGUGGCAGAAACCUAGGAGAGUCCACUUCUAGUGAUCUUUUUAAGAAGUCCAGGGCUACAGGGAGCAGUUAUAGGGAACUGAAGUCUUCUCCUGCACAUAGCCUUAGCAACAGCAAGAAAAAUGAAUCUCCCUUUGAGAAACUUUAUCAGUCAAUGAAGGAAGAGUUGGAUAUAAAAUCACAAAAGCCAUCUCGUAGGAAGUCAGAACCACAACCUGAAUGUGCAGCAGAAAAAGAAAUGUGGGAGACAAAGCUGUUGGUGUCAUGCAAGUCCAGAGCAAAAUCCAGCGGAAGCACCCCUGAGACUGCACCCUCUUCACCCAAGGUAGGAAAGGUCUGGACUGAGAACCAGAACAGUGCUGUGAGGCCUCUUCAGACUUCCACAGAGGCUCUGAGUUCCAGCUUCUCUCUUGCUGAGACAGCUAAAACGAAGACCCCUGUACGGACUUCACAGCAACUUGAAGACUUCCAUGUUAGUAGCAGAAGAGAGUCUGUGAAUCUGGAUGAAAGUGAAGGUGCCAAGGCAGUCCAUAAGAUAGUCACUCCCAGGAAGUCGGGAACUAGAAACCAAACUCCAGUGAAAGUUGAAUAUGCUGCCAGCCCUGCUGAUACACCAGAAAAUCUCUUUUCCAAAAAGAGGAGGAGUAUUCCUGCAAAGGUAGAAGUGCUGUCUGCAGAAACACAAAACCGGUCCUCUUCAAUUCAGCACCUUGCUCCAGGUGAAAAGAAAACUCCAAAGGAGGCUUUCAGCAAGCCUGAGAAAUUAGCCACAGCAGCUGAGCAAAUUUGCUCUGGGCUACCUGGUCUUAGUUCCGUUGAUAUCAGCAACUUUGGUGACUCCAUUAAUAAGAGUGAGGGAAUGUCUUUGAAGAGAAGACGUGUAUCUUUUGGUGGUCGUCUAAGACCUGAAUUGUUUGAUGAAAACUUACCUCCUAAUACACCACUCAAAAGAGGAGAAACACCAAUCAAGAGGAAGUCACUUGCCCCUCACACUCCAGCUGUCCUGAAGAAAAUCAUCAAGGAACGGCCUCAGUCGCCAGGGAAACUAGAGUCUCCUGGAGUAACUCCACCAACGGCAAACGAUGAAAGACGAAGAUCAGGCAGGAUCUUGCCUGCUUCCGAUGGCAGCAAAUCCUUACAUCAGACAGACACUCCCAAGAAAGCAGGCAGGAAGAGUGGCAACCUGCCUGCCAAGAGAGCAUCCAUCAGCAGAAGUCAGCAUGACAUUUUACAGAUGAUUUGCUCCAAAAGAAGGAGUGGUGCUUCUGAAGCCAAUUUGAUUGUUGCAAAAUCAUGGGCAGAUGUUGUAAAACUCGGUGCAAAACAAACACAGACAAAAGUUGUAAAACAUGUUCCUCAAAAGCAGACGAGCAAAAGACAAAGAAGACCUAAUACUCCAAAGAAACCUACAAGCAACCUUCAUAAUCAGUUUAGCACAGGCCAUGCAAACUCUCCCUGUACCAUUGUUAUAGGGAGAGCUCAGAUUGAAAAAGUAAGCAUGCCUGCUCGGCCCUACAAAAUGCUGAACAACUUGAUGUUAAACCGGAAAAUGGACUUCAAUGAAGAUCUGUCAGGACUAACUGAAAUGUUCAAGACUCCAGUGAAGGAGAAUCAGCAGCAGAUGAAUGACAAGGCCUCCAUUCUUUCAAAUUCGGGGAAUUUGCCCGAAAAACAGUUUGAAGUAACUAAUUCAGAAAACAAACCUCUGCCUAGCACCUCAGAGAUUUUAGGAGAAAAUGUGCUCUCCAGUACUCAGAAUGCAGCAAAGGAACCAUCUAAUAAAUAUUUUGCAAGUCCUACCUUAAGGCGGAGGAGCAUCAAAAAUGGAAACACAGUACAAACUCCUAAGAAUGACCAUGACAUUGCUCAUGUAGAAAAGAAGACUCCAGGUUCUGUGACAGAGCCUCUGAAGACAGUUUCCAGUGUGAACAAGUUAAGAAGGUCUAGAGAGCUUAGACAUACACUUGUAGAAAGUAUGAAUGAAAACACAGAAGCAGGCCUUGCCAAGGGCAUCACAGGAAGACACUUAAGGAAGACAUCACUGCAAGGACAAGAAGUAGAUCAACAGAUGCAGGACAGUGAAAACACUUCACAAAGAUUCAAGGAAAUUAUUGAAUUAAAAGAAGUUACAGAAAAAACAUCAGCUAAGAGAUCAUGUGCCAGGGAGAAGAAGCCAACAAAAGACUCAAUGGGAAGUCAGAUGACCACCCAAACAGCAGCCUGUGCUGAGGAACUAUUUAAUCAAGAAAAGGGAACCAUAGAAACACCAGAGGAAUCCAUGCGCAUGCAAAACAUACCAAUGAGUGAUGGUCGAAGAGAUGCAAAAGAGAAAGUGGACCUAGUAUAUGAAACCAAAGUGAAGUGCUGGUCAAGGACCCCUGACAAAAAGGCACAACCUCUAGAAGGCCCAGCUGGUCUCAAGGAGCCUUUUGAAACACCAAGCUGCAGAGAAAAACCCAUGGGUGAUGAUAAAACCAAAGUCUUUUGCAAAUCCCCACAACCCACACCAGAGAAUACCAAAACAAGCACAAAACCAUGGCCCAGCACAUCUGGAAGGAGAGUAGACAUGAAAGAAGAACACUCUGCACUAAAUUUUGUGGACGUGUCAGGAGGAACUAGGUAUACCCCCAAAGUUCAAGAGCACAGGGGCAUCAAAGCUUUGAAGGAAUCUGAAAAUCAAAUGCUGGACUUGACUGUAACUGGUAGCAAGAAGCCGGUAAGAAAAGUUAAGGAAAAGACGCAACCCCUGGAAAACCUAGAUGGCUUCCAGGAACUCUCUCUAUCACCAGUCCCUGCUGACAAAAUCACAAAAAUGCCCAACAAAUCUCCAUGUGUAGAACGUAUCAGAACCCCAGCAAGCAGAAAGAGUCUGUCCAAGACAGGUGUUGGUAAGGUGGAAGUGACAGAAGAGCUUUCAACCUCUGGGAAACGAACAGAGUCACCAGGCAGAGCCACACGCACACCCACAGCACCAGCGCUGGAAGAGAGCGACAGCACAGACAUUAUGCAAACUCCAAAGCAGAAACUGGUCUUCACAGGGAAUUCAACAGGACGCAAGAGAAGGUCACAGGCACCUAAAAAUGGGGCUCAACCCCUAGAAGACCUGGAUGGCUUCCAAGAACUCUUCCAAACUCCAGUUGGUACCAGGGAUCCAGUGACUGUUAGGGAAACUACAAAGUUGUCUUUGGAAUCUGCACAAGCAGAACCAGUCAGAACUCCAGCAAGCAGAAAGAGUCUGUCCAAGACAGGUGUUGGUAAGGUGGAAGUGACAGAAGAGCUUUCAACCUCUGGGAAACGAACAAAGUCACCAGGCAGAGCCACACGCACACCCACAGCACCAGCGCUGGAAGAGAGCAAUAGCACAGACAUUAUGGAAACUCCAAAGCAGAAACUGGACUUCACAACAAAUUCAACAGGACGCAAGAGUAGGUCACAGGCACCUAAGAACAGGGUUCAAUCUCUAGAAGACCUGGAUGGCUUCCAAGAACUCUUCCAAACUCCAGUUGGUGCCAGUGAUCCAGUGACUGUUAGGAAAACUACAAAGUUGUCUUUGGAAUCUGUACAAGCAGAACCAGUCAGAAUUCCAGCAAGCAGAAAGAGUCUGUCCAAGACAGAUCUCAGGAAAGAGGAUUUGAGAGAAGAACUCUCAACUCUUGGGAAACGAACAAAGUCAUCAGGCAGAGCCACACACACACCCACAGCACCAGCGCUGGAAGAGAGCGACAGCACAGACAUUAUGCAAACUCCAAAGCAGAAACUGGUCUUCACAGGGAAUUCAACAGGACGCAAGAGAAGGUCACAGGCACCUAAGAACAGGGUUCAAUCUCCUAAGGAAAAAGUCCUACCCCUGGAAGACCUUGAUGGCUUCCAAGAACUCUUCCAAACUCCAGCUGGUGCCAGUGAUCCAGUGACUGUUAGGAAAACUACAAAGUUGUCUUUGGAAUCUGCACAAGCAGAACCAGUCAGAACUCCAGCAAGCAGAAAGAGACUGUCUAAGACAGAUCUUGGAAAAGUGGAUGUGACAGAAGAAGUUUCAACCCUUGGGAAACGAACAAAGUCAUCAGGCAGAGCCACACGGACCCCUACAGUGCUGGAAGAGAGCGACAGCACAGACAUUAUGCAAACUCCAAAUCAGAAACUAGUCUUCACAGCAAAUUCAACAGGACGCAAGAGAAGGUCACAGGCACCUAAAAAUGGGGCUCAACCCCUAGAAGACCUGGAUGGCUUCCAAGAACUCUUCCAAACUCCAGUUGGUGCCGGUGAUCCAGUGACUGUUAGGGAAACUACAAAGUUGUCUUUGGAAUCUGCACAAGCAGAACCAGUCAGAACUCCAGCAAGCAGAAAGAGACUAUCUAAGACAGAUCCUGGGAAAGUGGAUGUGACAGAAGUUUCAACCCUUGGGAAACGAACAAAGUCACCAGGCAGAGCUGCACAUACAUCCACAGCACCAGUGCAGCAGGAAAAAGGGAUAAAAGCAAUUAUGGAAACUUCAGGUCAGGAAUUGAAGUCUGUAGGAAAUUUAAGAGGGCCUAAGAAACAUCCUAGAACACCUAAGGAAGAGGGCCAAUCUCUAGAAGACCUAUUUGGUCUCCAAGAGCUCUUCCAAACACCAGACCAUGGAAAUGGCCUAUUGGCUGUUGGCAUAACCAAAAAGAAGUCCAUCAAUGCUCUACAACCAGAAACUGUAAUAAUCACCCAAAGCCUAAAGAGACAGUCCAGGGCAUGUGUGGGUAACAUAGAAGUGAAGGAAGAACUUUCAGAAUCAGAGAAACAUCCACAAAUAGAAAAGGCCAUAGACACACUUCAAGGGCCUGACAAUAACAAUGUCCGGGCAUCAAAGCAAUCUGGAAAGCGGAAACUGGAUUCAGAAGCUAGUAUGCCUGACAGCAAGAGGCUGCGACGUGCAUCUAAGGAUAAGACACCACGCCUGGAAGACCUGCAUGGUUUUCAACAGCUCUUCCAAACACCAGGCCAUGCUAAAGAUUCACUGUCUAUUGGUGAAACCUCAAAAAUCCCCACCAAAUCUCCACAGUCAGGACCAGUUAGAAGGCAAAGCAGUAGAAAGAGUCUGCCCAAGAUGAGUCUCUGGAAAAUGAAUGUAACAGAGGACCUUUCAGCACUCUGGAAGCAGUCCCCAGGCAAAGCUCCCACAUCACCAGUGCAGCAGGAUAAUGGGAUACAAGCAAUUGUGAAGACUCCAAAGGGGAAACUAGAGACUGCAGCAAAUGUAACUGGGCUUACAAGACAGCGAAGAGCACCUAAGGAAAAAGUCCUACCCCUGGAAGACCUUGAUGGCUUCCAAGAACUCUUCCAAAUACCAGACCACAGCACGGAUCCAGUAAUUGAUAACAAAAGAACAAGUGUGUCCUUGAAAUCUCCACAACCAGUACUUGUUAGAACCACACAAACCUCAGAGAGACUAGCCAAGACAAGUCUUGGGAAAGUCGGUGUGAGAGAAGAGAUCUCACUGAAUAUGCCAAGGUGUGCUGCAGGGGAGAGUGUACACAUACCCAGUCUUCCAGAAGAUGAUGGCAGAGGGAAGAAGGAUCUGAAGAAAUCCAGAACUCAGACACUGGGCCCAUCAGCAAGUGUAACUCGCAGCAAGAAGCAGCAAGGGUCACAUAAGGAAAGAUCUCAGUCCCCAGAAGACUUAUUUGGUCUCCAGGAGCUCUUCCAAACACCAGCUAGUCAAAAAGAUUUAAUGACUGUUUGUGAAACUACAAAAAUGUCUUUGGAAUCUUCAGAACCAGAACAUAUCAGAACCCCAGCAAGCAGAAAGAGUCUGUCCAAGACAGGUGUUGGUAAGGUGGAUGUGAGAAAAGAGCUUUCAACCUCUGGGAAACGAACAGAGUCACCAGGCAGAGCCACACGCACACCCACAGCACCAGCGCUGGAAGAAAGCGACAUCACAGACAUUAUGCAAACUCCAAAGCAGAAACUGGACUUCACAACAAAUUCAACAGGACGCAAGAGAAGGUCACAGGCACCUAAAAAUGGGGCUCAACCCCUAGAAGACCUGGAUGGCUUCCAAGAACUCUUCCAAACUCCAGUUGGUGCCAGUGACCCAGUGAAUAUUGGGAAAACUGCAAAGGUAUCUUUGGAAUCUGUACAAGCAGAACCAGUCAGAACUCCAGCAAGCAGAAAGAGACUGUCUAAGACAGAUCUUGGAAAAGUGGAUGUGACAGAAGAAGUUUCAACCCUUGGGAAACGAACAAAGUCACCAGGCAGAACCACCCGGACCCCUACAGUGCUGGAAGAGAGCGACAGCACAGACAUUAUGCAAACUCCAAAGCAGAAACUGGACUUCACAGAAAAUUCAACAGGACGCAAGAGAAGGUCACAGGCACCUAAGAACAGGGUUCAAUCCCUAGAAGAUCUGGAUGGCUUCCAAGAACUCUUCCAAACUCCAGUUGGUGCCAGUGAUCCAGUGACUGUUAGGGAAACUACAGAAUUGUCUUUGGAAUCUGUACAAGCAGAACCAGUCAGAACUCCAGCAAGCAGAAAGAGACUGUCUAAGACAGGUGUUGGUAAGGUGGAAGUGACAGAAGAGCUUUCAACCCUUGGGAAACGAACAAAGUCACCAGGCAGAGCCAUACGCACACCCAUAGCACCAGCAUUGGAAGAGAGCGACAGCACAGACAUUAUGCAAACUCCAAAGCAGAAACUGGACUUCACAGGGAAUUCAAUAGGACGCAAGAGAAGGUCACAGGCACCUAAAAACGGGGCUCAACCCCUAGAAGACCUGGAUGGCUUCCAAGAACUCUUCCAAACUCCAGUUGGUGCCAGUGAUCCAGUGACUGUUAGGGAAACUACAAAGUUGUCUUUGGAAUCUGUACAAGCAGAACCAGUCAGAACUCCAGCAAGCAGAAAGAGACUGUCUAAGACAGAUCCUGGGAAAGUGGAUGCGACAGAAGAAGUUUCAACCCUUGGGAAACGAACAAAGUCACCAGGCAGAGCCACCUGCACACCCACAGCAUCAGCGCUGGAAGAGAGCGACAGCAUAGACAUUAUGGAAACUCCAAAGCAGAAAGUGGACUUUACCAGGAGUUCAAGGAGUAGAAGUUCACAGGCAACUAAGAACAGGGCUCAAUCCCUAGAAGACCUGGAUGGCUUCCAAGAACUCUUCCAAACUCCAGUUGGUGCCAGUGACCCAGUGAAUAUUGGGAAAACUGCAAAGGUAUCUUUGGAAUCUGUACAAGCAGAACCAGUCAGAACUCCAGUAAGCACAAAGAGACUGUCUAAGACAGGUCUUGACAAGGUGGAUGCGAGAGAAAAGCACUCUUUGCUAAGUAAGCCAAGAUGUUCAUCACAGGAAGUCAUGCGUGUAUCCAGACUUUCAGAAGAUGAUGGCAGUGGAACCAAAGAUUUGAAGGAAUCUGCAGCUCAGGCAUUGGACCCAGCAAUAAGUGUAACUCGCAGCAAGAGGCAGCGAGGGGCAUGUAAGAAAAGAUCCCAGUCCCCAGAAGACCUGUUUGGUCUCCAGGAGCUCUUCCAAACACCAGGCUAUGAGAAGGAUUCAGUGGCAGGUGAAAAGCUAACAAAAAUGCCCCACAGCUCUCUGCCACCAGAGCCAACAGAAACUUCAAUCACCUCACAGAGACAGCCCAGAACUAGACUGAUGAAAGUUCAUGUGAAAAAUGAACUAUCAGGAGACAGGAUGCUUCCACAAAUGUCACAGGAAAUAAUGGACAUAUCUAGAGUACCAGAAGGUGAAGACAAAGGCAUUAGCACAAGGAAGCAAUCUGUAAAGCGGAAAUUGGACACAGCUGUCAGUGUGCCCAGCAGCAAGAGGCAACGAGUUGCACGAGCGGAAAAGGCACAGACCCUAGAGGGCCUGCCUGGCUUCCAAGAGCUCUCCCAAACUCCAAGCUCAGCAGUGGACUCAGUGACUGUUGAUAAAACCACAAAGAUGCUCAGCAAAUCUCCAGAGUCCAUGGACACAACUUCACAGACACAGCCAGGAAGAAGACUCAGGAGAGUGGGUGUGACCAAAGAGCCUAUAGCACAAAGAAAAACUACAAGAGUGUUACGGGGAACCAGAAACACACCCAAAGAGCCUGUGGGUGACAGUAAAGAUGUCAAAGAGUUUAAAGAUUCUUCACAGAAACAAGGCCCAACUGUAAGUUUAACUGGCAAGAGGAGCCAAUCAAGGACACUUAAGGAGAAGACCCAACCCUUAGAGGAGCUACCCAGCAUCCAAGAAGAAACAGCCACAAGAUACUCUUGUGAAUCUCCACAACCAGAAGAAAAGGAAAGCUCGGUAGCCUCAGAGAGGCAGCUCAGAAUACGACUGUGCAAAAUAGACAUGAAAGAAGAGCCCACAACACAGAGAAAACCACCAGGCAGGAAAACCAGGAAUACCCCAAAAGAGCCUGUGAGUGAUAGUGGAAAUGUUGAAGAGCUUAAGGAGUCUACAAAGCAGAAGACUGACCCAGCAGCAAGUGUGCCUGCUAGCAAGAGGCCACGGAGAGUACUCAGGGAAAAGGCACAACCCCUAGAAUUGCCUGGUCCCAAGGGACCAGGUCAUACUGAGGAAUCAGCAAAUGAUGAAAGACCCACACAGAUUCCCUGCAGUUCUCCGCAACCAGAACAGGUAGAUAGCCUCCCGAUCUCACCAAGACGUCCCAGGACAAGGCGAGGAAAAGUAGAGGUGGAUGAAGUGCCUUCAUUAGUGAGGAAGGCAGUACCAUCAUCAAGGCAAACUUCAAGAUCUCGCAAGGUCCCUGAAAUUGAUGACAAAGACAUUCAAGCUUCAAAAGAACCUGGAAAGCAGAAAUUAGAAACAGUCACCACUGUAACUGCCAGCAGGAGGCAGCUAAGAGGACCUAAGGAUGGGGUCCAAUCUCUUGAAGUCCUGGGUGAAUCCAAAGAAAUAACUCAAAUGUCAGAGCACACUGAGAAACUAAGACAUGACACCAAUAGCCUUAAAAGUACUCUCCAGCAAAUGCCAGUCCCCAUAAAACCUCUGAGAACAUCCAGGAGAGUGCUAAGGGCCUCUAAAGAGGACACUACGGAAACAACUUUGGAAAUGGUGGUGGAUACCAGGGACUCUGCAGAAUCGCAAAGCAAAAGCAUCACUUUCCUGCCACCCAAGAGGAAGUCUGCAAGAGAUGGAAGUAUUCCAAGAACCAGGGGGUUGCGCUCUGUGACUCCAAAGCAGGAAGCAACAGAUGAGAAACCUGCACCUAAGAAACAGAGGACUGCUUCCAGCAAGAGGCAUGUGUCACCUGAGCCUGUGAAGAUGAAACAGCUGAGAAUCAUGUCAAACAAAAUUGAACCAGUGGAAGAGCAGAUUAGCAACAUCACGGAAGAAAAGGAAGCCCAAGUAGAAAACUCAGCCCAUCCAGACCAGAAAACGCCUCUGCCCUCCAGAUACCGAAAGAAAACCAAUGAAAAACAGCCAAGACCCGAGGUUGGUGUAUCUGCAGAGAAGGUUGGGAUAAAGAAAAAUGAGAAGACAGUGAAGACCUCCCAGGAGACAGAGCUGCAGAACACAGAUGAUGGAGCCAAGAAGUCUACAUCUAGGGGCAAAGUCAGUGGGAAAAGAAUAUGCUUGAGGUCUGGAGGACAGAGUGAAAUUCCCCAGCCUCAUGCAGCAGAAGAGAAAACAAGUGAGACAGGUGCAGAAAUCUUGGUAAAGACUCAGAAAGAGAAAGGGAUCUCUGGAGAUUCAGAUGUCAGGUGUCUGAGAUCCAGAAAAACUGGAGCCACUUUGGACAGUGAACCUAAGCCAAGAGUGACUCGGGGUGCCAAGAAAGAUACAAAAGUUCCAAAGAAGGAUGAAGACAUUGUAUACACCACGAAACUAAGGACAAGAAGUCACCAGAAUAGUAAAAAUGUGUAGCAAAGACAUUUAAGAAGGAAAUAUUAAGUUAGCUUAGUGAUAAAUUCCAGUGUGGUUUUUCUCCUCCUAUGUAAAAGUAAACUGUAAAUAAUACUGCCUAUGUUUAAGGAAGGGAGCUUUGAGCUCUUGUGGUUAUUCUCUCUUCAAACUCCAAUGGAGAUCAUGAAGGGGGUCACCAGGGAUCUCAGAGCAAUAACAAUUUAAAAGUUUGGGGGUGGGCAGGCAGAAGUGUGGCCUUCUGUCCUGCACAAUAAAGUUCUGAAGUUCACUGCC